AUGUCUGGCAACCAGCAAAUUAGUAGCGAGGACGCGAAAUCAGUGACCGACGCGUUAACAGCGACCCGCGCAUUUGGCGUCUGGGGACUUGUGCUUGGACUUGGUGGUGGUCUGUUGCUGGGAUACAACAUGUUCAUCGACGAAGAGUCGGGAAGUCACCGUCGCGAGAGAGAACUUACGGAGAACUUCAGGAAACUUGAGAGCAGUUUCAAACAUGGGCUAGAGCUACAGACUAAUGAGUUAGAGCGACGAGAGGUUCACAGAGAGAUCAACCGGAUCUUCAAGAAAUAG